GAACAGCGCGAGCCGAGACAGAGCUCUAGAAAGGCAGAUAGAGAGAGGGCAGAGGCAACGGCCCUCUUCUGGAGGGGGGGCUUAUUAUAACAAAUAUAUAUACACAUGUGUGAACUGUUUGGCCGCACGAUAGGUCAUAUGUGGGUUACGGUUAUUUUAGAAAAGCAUACAAGCGCGGCUUUACAUUUAAAAUGCCUAUUUUACUUUUCCUGUUAGACACGUCCGCCUCUAUGAAUCAGCGCACUUAUUUGGGUACGACGUAUCUGGACGUUGCUAAAGGCGCGGUUGAGGUCUUUAUGAAGCUGCGUGCUCGAGACCCGGCUAGUAGAGGCGACAGGUACAUGCUAGUUACAUUCGAUGAUCCACCAUACGGAGUGAAGGCAGGCUGGAAGGAGAACCAUGCCACCUUCAUGUGCGAGCUGAAGAACCUGCAGGCGUCGGGGCUGACAACAUUAGGUCACGCUCUUCGCACAGCCUUUGACUUGCUUAAUCUCAACCGCCUCGUCUCGGGAAUCGACAACUAUGGACAGGGCCGCAACCCAUUCUUCCUCGAGCCAUCUGUGAUCAUCACUAUCACUGAUGGGAACAAGCUUACACACAGCUCUGGGGUGCCAGAUGAGGUGAGAGCACAAACAAAUGCAAUAUUGCACCUGCCUCUGAACUCACCUUUGGCGGGCAGUGAGCUAACCAAAGAGCCUUUCCGCUGGGACCAGCGUCUGUUUGCGUUGGUUCUCAGGCUGCCAGGAGCAGCUACACCAGACAAUGAGCAGCUUGGUAGCGUCCCCACAGAUGAGUCCGCCAUCACCCAGAUGUGUGAAGUUACUGGAGGGCGAUCAUACUGUGUGCGAACACAAAGGAUGUUGAAUCAGUGUCUGGAGUCUCUGGUCCAAAAGGUUCAAAGUGGCGUUGUCAUUAACUUUGAGAAGACAGGGCCAGAUCCACCUCUUGUUGGGGAUGACAACUCUGUAGAGUCAAGUCGUCCUGUGUCAUCGUUCAGCCCACAGCCGUGGCACAGCUGCCACAAACUAAUCUAUGUGCGACCAAACCCAAAGACGGGGGUGCCAGUUGGGCAUUGGCCCAUACCAGAGUCCUUCUGGCCGGACCAGAAUUCUCCAACUCUGCCACCUCGCUCUGCUCAUCCUGUGGUUCGUUUCUCUUGUGUGGACUGUGAGCCCAUGGUGAUUGACAAGCUGCCCUUUGACAAGUAUGAACUGGAGCCCUCUCCUCUCACCCAAUACAUUCUGGAAAGGAAAUCUCCACACAUGUGCUGGCAGGUAUUUGUCAGCAGCAGUGGAAAGCAAACCGACCUAGGACAGCCGUUCGGUUACCUUAAAGCCAGCACCACUCUCACCUGUGUUAACCUGUUUGUCAUGCCUUACAAUUAUCCAGUUCUUCUCCCACUCCUUGAUGAUUUAUUUAAAGUGCACAAACUAAAGCCAAACCUCAAGUGGCGACAGGCCUUUGAGAUGUACCUGAAGACAAUGCCUCCAUACUUCCUCUUGCCUUUGAAAAAGGCAUUGAGGAUGAUGGGCGCACCUAACCUGAUAGCAGACACCAUGGACUGCGGCCUGAGUUACAGUGUCAUUUCCUACCUGAAGAAGCUCAGCCAGCAGGCAAAAAUAGAAUCGGAUCGUCUAAUCGUGUCGGUGGGGAAAAAGGCUCCUCAAGAAACUGGCAUAAAGGUGAAGAACCACUCCAGCUCUCUGUCUCUGGCCCACCGACGAGACUUCAAGCAGCUGCUGCAGGGAAUCACCGGGGAGGGACCCCUCCGCCUGGUGGACAUCAACUUCAAAGAGUUUGCUGGCUUCCAGAUCGCCCUGCUCAACAAGGAUGUGAAACCUCAAGCUUAUCGGAAUGCUUACGACAUCCCAAGACGAAACCUUCUGGAUCAACUCACCCGAAUGCGCUCCAAUUUGCUUCGAACGUCCCUAAAACUUAUCCGAGGGCAAGAUGAAGACUACCUGCACAGUAUUCCAGUGGCUCAGAUGGGAAACUAUCAAGAGUACCUAAAAAUGAUGCCAUCUCCUUUGAGAGAGAUUGACCCUGAUCAACCUAAGCGGCUGCACACAUUUGGGAAUCCUUUCAAGCAGGAUAAGAAGGGGAUGAUGAUCGAUGAGGCAGAUGAGUUUGUUGCAGGCCCUCAAAACAAGAAAAGGGGAAACUCCAAUGAUUCCAACUCAGGUGUUACUUUGAAGAGAAGGCGAAGUAUGUCACCACUGCUGCGACGGCCGCAGACUCCGCUGGGAAACACCAACCAUGUGGUGGUUGGAAAAAGUCUGGCUGGGGUUCAGGGGCAACAGAAUCUCCUCAAACCCAUCCCACAGCAGAAAGGAGUGGACGGCAGCAACAUGGUGGUCGCUGAGAGUAAUGGUGACAGCGUUCUUGGACUUGACUCUGGGGAGAUCUGGCCGGCUGAGAUGGACACUGAAGCAGGGAGUCCAACUUCACUGAGCUUAGAGGAGAAGGUCGGUACAGGAGCAGUGGUUCGGGGUGAGGACAUCAGCAUGAUGGAGGAGCGGCUUGUGGAAGAUCAUCUAGAUGAGCAGCCGCUGGAGGAGAAACACAACUGUGACCGUCUGAGUCCACAGAGUCAGCUGGAUGGAAGCGAAGCUGACCCUGCAGUGCUUGAGACCAUAUUCAUCCCCCCACUAGACGGCAGCCAAGCAGAGCUGCGGACGCGGGUCAUCAAGGAGGUCCGCAAACCUGGACGAAACUAUGAAGCAAUACUACGACUACUACAGCAGGUGAAAGGACCAAUAAAUGUACAAAGAUACUUCAUCCAACAUGCCAUCAAGGAGGCUAUCAGGUUCAAGAAGCGGGUACUGAUCCAGCAGCUGGAAGCUGCCCUCGCCAAGUUAGAGGAGAAGCAAUCAGCAUCCUCACAGCUUCUCAAUGAUCACGGCAGGUAGUGAUGAAGCCAUGCUUUCUUUGUUGCUCAAUAAAGGAAUAAGGCUCCUCUCCUCUGAAGUGUAUUUUGCUCAACGCUGGAUAUCACCACCACAAAAGACAACCUUCUUGACCAGCCUCAGAAGGACAAUUUGGGGAACCAGAGAGGAAAAAGGACAAAUGCACUGAUGCUUCUUCUGCCCUGUGCUGUUACAUUACAUCCUGUUAGAGGCAGAGGGGAACAGGUUUAACUGGAGGAUGGGGCCUUCAGGACUGAUCCACUGGGGAUGAGUAAACUUCAAAAAUAGUCCUCUUCAUAUUGACAGAUGCCUUAAACUUCCAUAUGGCUUUUGUCUGUAUGGGCACAUUGUUGGGUGGACACACACACACUCCGUUAGACGGACAGGUGAGCGAGACCAAGAGACAGAGCGACUUAAUCCUGCUGUUGUUACUCUUUGACAACAGACCUUUCUUCAGCUGGUCUGAAAAGUGUUUGUGUGACUGAAAUGAUUUUUAUAAGUAAAGAAAAUGUGCAUUCUUGGAUGCACUGAUGUCUUUGGUGGGAUUUUUGACCAGGUCGGUAAUGUUAUCUAAAACUGUUCCUGCUUUUAGUGGUUGGUAUUGACUGCAUUGGCAUUAGGGAUGGGCAAUAAGGACAAAGUCUGUGAGCAAACAAAUAAUGUUAUGUUGCAGCAAUAUAUGUUAUGAUAAAAUCAAUUUCCUGGAACUACAAUUGAGAAACCCUUGAAAUAGCUAAUGGCUAAUCUAGUCAUUAAAGUACCUGCCCUGUGAAGUUACUACAUCACAUUCAUGCAAAAUACUAAAUAUAUUCAGUAUUGCAGUAUGAGGUAUGGCAGAGUCUCAAGUAUCUUCUCGUACAUGUUACCAUAUUGCCCCAAAAAGGUCAAACAUGCUUAACCUAUGCUAAUUAAAUAGCAUUUAAAUAUCCUAAAUUGGUCCAUUUAAUUACAAAUUCAACUACAUUAAUAAAAAAAUUAAUUGCUAUGGACAUCACUAUAUUUAUGAAUCAGUGUUUUGUGACGGGCUGCACUAAUUGGUUACUCUAAAUUGCCCGUAGGUGUGAAUGUGAGUGUGAUUGUUUGUCUGUAUAUGUAGCCCUGCGACAGACUGGCGAUCUGUCCAGGGUGUCCCCUGCCUUCGCCCGAGUCAGCUGGGAUAGGCUCCAGCACCCCCCACGACCCUAGUGAGGAUAAAGCGGUGUAUGGAGAAUGGAUGGAUGGAUGUAUGUUUUGUGACUCACUAACGUCUUUAACUGGAAACUGACUGAUCUUCGUGAAAUGUCCAACCCAAGACAGUGGUGUUCACUGGUUUAUUGAUUGAGGAUCCUCUUAUCAGCCAUACAGCCACAGAACAUCGUUAUAGUAAAUGCAGCUGUUGGCAUCCAUUUAGAGUUUACUCCUCCAGCUCCGUAACACAUUUCACAUGUAAACCAUCCUCCACAGCAACACAAACACUCCACUGAUCCCCAGCAUUGCAGCUUUACUCUGAGGAAGUUUUGCAUCUGUCCAGGCUUCAGCCGUCAGUCACCUUUUGUUUGAGUGAAACAGCUGGUAAAUCUGUCCCUCUGCUGCUUUUUACAUGAACCCACGUUAGCGCUCCUCCUUCGUUCUCCUUGUUUUUACGACAGAUGUACACUACUUUUUAAUGUUCAUAGGGAAUAGAGAUUAUUUUUGUGAAUUUGUUUAUUUCAGAGUUUAAGAAAUAUUUUGAAAGAAAUGUCUAAAGCCAUUUUUGUAAACUGUUAAAUACAUAUACAAAGUGGAAAGUUUUAUGAACCUACUUUUUUUUAACAAAACAAAACAAAAAUAAACCACAGGUAGAAUGGUG